UCAGUUAAAACUAUUAGACACAUGUUCAUAGGUUCACCAGAUCAACGCGCGCAGUCUAGCGGCGAAACAUCGGUAUUUUUUCUAUUAUAUUUUGCGGAAAACGAACACAUUUACAAGUAUGAGAGACAAUAAACAAAAAAAAUAGGAUUUUGAAAUGAUUUUAAACUAAAGUCAAAACAGCAUGACGUCCCAAGCCCAGUUUGCUGAUAUCUCGUGACUUUGCGCGUUUGAACCAAGCUCCGAACCACUGAUUCAAAUCAGAGAGAUUCAUAAGCUUCGAAGCUUCACGAAAGCGCCCUUCACUGGAUUAGGCAGCUGCGCCCCACAGCAGUAGGGGGCGCUGUACGCGCUUAAACGCACAGUCCCCACUGCAGCUGUAGUAACUCACAAACAACACAGACAGACGUAAGCAACGGGACUUGAAGAAGCACAAGACAUUUCUCCUGUGAUACUGCUGCACAAAACAGGUACAUAUAAACCAUAACAGUGUGUGAGAAGGAGAUAUGUCUGCGCUGGUAUGUCUUAUUGCUGAGUCCGGAUUUCAGAUGUUAGUAGUGCUCUUCUCCACGCAUAUAAACAUGCGGUGAUUAGAAUAUUAUACAGCUGUUUACAGAAAAUGACAUGUUUACAAACGUUAUAUCACAUUUGACAUACUGGAGGUGGUUUUUACUAGCAGCAGAUUCGUCUCUGUUUUGAAUUUUGAGGAAUAAAUCUCACAGCUGUGAUUGGUAUUUGUCUUAGAUGGUUUUACAUUAGUCAGCAUCAUCUAGCAGUGUGCUGGCUAAUGCAGAGUCCUCCUGCUCCAGCACUGCAGAUCACGAUCAGGGUGCAGGUGCUUUGAUAAACAGUGUUUCAGUAGUUCAAAGCUUUAUGCUGCAUGGUUGCUGAGGAAUAUAAUCCAUUAAGACUUAUUCAAGUGUGUCUUAGUACCAUCGUUUUCUUCAUCAUUUAGAACUAGGUCAUAUUUCAUCUCAUAAUCAAAAAGUAAUAAGUUAUACUUUGCAUUAAGAACAUUAUGGCUACAGUAUGUUGAAGACCUUUAAUCAUUGUUAUGUGUCAGAUGUUUUAUUUCAGGACUCUCUUCUCUUAUUUACAAACAGAACAUUGGCAAAAACAACAACAAAUAACUAAAUUAUACUUGGUUGUGUUUAAUUUCUAUCUUAGUUUUAAAAUUAUUUAAUUACACAGCCGUUUUCAUUGGAUGUAAAAAAAAAAAAAAAAUGAUAUAGUAUGUGGGCUUUUAAGUGUUCCUUCCCCUGUUUAUAUUGUUCGCAAUUUGCAUUAAUGUUAUAUAUUAUAAAGCUAGAUAGAUAAAUAAAUAGUACGAUAUGCUUCUCAUUUUUUAGAUUUUUUUUUUACAUUUCAUUAUGGUGUUAAUUGCUGUCUUAUUCAGUGUUGUAUUGUGAAGUUUUGAUACUAAGAGUAACAGUUUUAGAUUUUUAGUGGUGGUUGUGUCUGAGUGAGAGAAGAAUUCAUGUAAUUUGACAGAAGUAGUCACUGUGAAUGCAUUUUGUGUCAAAGCGGUGAUAAAUGGUCCACAGUUUAGCUAACAUAGACUCAUAGACUGCUCAUUGUGUGAACAGUUUUGAAAAUGUGAUUGAGAAAUGGGUCUAAAUGGUUCUAAAAGCAGACCUCAUCUUCUUAAUGCAAAAUGUAGUUUUUUUGUUUUUGUUUUUAUUGUGGGGUGAAAUAUGACCAGGCUUCAUGAGAUUGACUCCAUUAUUGUGUUUUUCAGUUACGCUGGAAUUUUCAGAGACCGACUCAGACAUGUCAUAUGUCUUCAUUAAUGACUCGUCGCAGACCAGUGUCCCGUUACUACAGGCUUGUAUCGAUGGGGACUUGAGUUUCGCUAGGCGUCUGCUGGAGGCCGGCUGCGACCCCAACAUUCGUGACCACAGGGGCCGCACGGGUCUGCAUCUGGCAGCAGCGCGAGGUAAUGUGGACAUCUGCCGCUUCCUGCACAAGUUCGGCGCAGAUCUGCUGGCCACCGACUAUCAGGGCAACACUGCACUGCACCUGUGUGGACAUGUGGACACCAUUCAGUUCCUGGUGUCCAAUGGUCUCAAAAUUGAUAUUUGUAACCACAAUGGCUCGACACCACUGGUGCUGGCUAAGAGGAGAGGGGUCAAUAAAGAUGCCAUUCGGUUACUGGAAGGGCUUGAAGAGCAAGAGGUCAAGGGCUUCAACAGAGGAGCCCACUCCAAACUUGAAGCCAUGCAGAUGGCUGAGAGCGAGAGUGCGAUGGAGAGCCAUUCGCUGCUGAAUCCAAACCUGCAGAACAGCGAGGGUGUGCUGUCCAGCUUUCGCUCCACCUGGCAGGAGUUUGUGGAGGACUUGGGCUUCUGGAGGGUGCUGCUGCUGCUGGUGGUCAUCGCCCUUCUUUCUUUGGGCAUUGCUUACUAUGUUAGUGGUGUACUGCCCUUUUCUGCAAGUCAGCUGGAGUUGGUCCACUGAGGGCCAGAUUGUGUUAUAUCUCGGGACCAGACGAGUCCAGCUUUGAACUAAAGGGAGGUUUGAGUGGACUCUGAAGGUACACUGAAGGUUCCUCAUAGUACAAGAUUAGGUCUAAUGUGAAGUUUAGAAACAAUCUUGUGAUUCUCACAGGUGAGGUCAAGUGACGGCGUUCACAUGAUGAUGGCUGCACUAUGAAGGAAGACUGAAAGGUUAAGGUAUUUAUGGGAGAAAAUGUUAGAAGUUUCUCAGACACACCUAAAGUGAUGUAAACCCAUUUCUCACAGAUCUUUCCAUGAUCACUGAACCCAGCCAACAGUAGACACAUACACUUGUAAUAAUUUGUAAGCAAAUUAUGUAAGGUGAUGUAAGCAACAUUAGAUGACUGUUGUAGAUCAGGCAUGAUGUUUUCAUCCUAGUAUUUACAUAUUUUCUUUAUUUUUGUCUGUAUAUGAAGUCUUUAUUGUGUAAGUAACUACACACAUAUGCUUAUUUACAUAUCUAUGAUUCAACAGUUUACAUUGUUACAUGAAAGUAAUAUGUAAAAUGUUACAUAUAUCAAUAAAUGGCCAUCAGGAAUUUCCUGUUUGUGCACAGAUGACA